CGAGGAACAGUGCAAUAAUUCAACACGACAACUAUCAACAUGCGCCCUUCUUCCAUGACACCACGUCUGUGCCACACGCUGAUGCGCAUUGGUUCCUCGUCGGCUUGGACCCUCCCGGAGCUCUUCCGGGUGUGGAUAACCCACAUUUCCUCCUGCCGCCUCGCAUUCCCAAGAAAACAUCCUGGAUAACGGGCCGAGCUGCGAGUGAGUGCAGGCCAUCGAUUGAAACCGAGCACCCGAGGUGGAAGACAGAUAGUUCGCGAGAUACAGGACACGUUUGGCGACCGACUGGAGGAACCGUGGAAUAUUGGAGAUGUCACAGCAUCAUUUCCCAGCACCAUUCGCCAGCCAGCUGUUGUUCACGUUUUGAGUUACAGAACGCCGACCUUCUCUGUACGGACUCUGUACAAUAUACAAGACAUUAAGCAAGCAGUUUAAACAGGGAAACAAUAUGUGGCUAUAUACUUUGGCUAUUGCUCUGGUUGUGAUUGCGCAUGAGGUGAACGGAGAGCCACAUACGCGUCCAUCCUCAGCGACGCCGCUCAACUCAACAUUACCCCCUCAAGAAGAAAAUUCAUCACAUAAUGAAACCGAGUCAGCGGUGGGAUCGCGUAUUUCCACUAUUUUAAGGGAUCUUCCUACCAUCAAAAGCAUUUCGAUUUCCAUCUGCGUAUUAACAGUCUUGCUAAUCACGUGCCUUGUCAUAAAAAUAUGCAGAUCGGCAAAGAAGAUCAGAAAAACACGAAAGUAUGACAUCAUCACAACUCCUGCCGAGCGUGUGGAGAUGGCUCCUUUAAAUGAAGAAAAUGACGAAGAAGACGACUCGACCCUAUUCGAUAUCAAGUACAGGUGAAUUCCAUUCUGCACUCCGAGUCAUUACCCCCCUGGAUACCUCUGUGUGAACACAUCUAUACAGGAACUGUGCUCGGCUUGAAUCUUCAGUAGAAGCAAUGUUUUGUUUAUGUAUUAAUAUGUUUUGACAUUCCAAACCAGCAUGAAACCUGAUGUUUUAUGGGAGCUUUUCUGUAGAAAGCACAUAAAGUUAAUCAAAGAGUAGGAGUUCUUUUGCUCCAAAAAAGGGAGACGCUAAAGUUAAUCCUCCAAAAAUUAAUUAUUGCUUUAAUUAUUGCACGACAUUUCAUUUUUUUUUCUUUUGCUCCAAAAGCAUUCCAGGUAAUUCAAUAUAAUAUAUUCAACAUUUGGCCUUGAAUGUAUCAGGCAGCUUGAAGAUUUCUGUUAGAGUAUAUCACACUAAAGCUAUUUUGAGUCAUAUCUUUGAAAUGUAAUCAAUAUAAUUCCAGACAAUUAUUCAAAUUAUCGAUUCAAAAAGUCUACACAUAGCUUACUUUAAGUGAUUUAGCUGUGCUUGAAUCAGCUCAACGUUUCAAAUGAAAUGAAUAUAGAUAUAUUUGUGAUGGACAGAGAUUAUUAUUAUUUUUUCCCCUGAAUCUGACGAUGUUUAAUGGAUUUUUAUGUUCCAAUACUGAAACUGUCUUUAUUAUAUAUAUAUACUAUUGUCUGUAAAUACUGUAUGCAAAUUAUUCCUCUGAAAUAGUUUAUUUUUUAGACAGAAAAAGGCAUAUUUUGAUUUAAUAAGAGUAAUAUGUUUCAAACCUCCCUAUAUUUUGAGAACUAUUAAUCUACUAACCACUAAUUGUGCAUAUUUACUGUAUAAGGGUUGAAUGUAUGCGUGAGAGAGGAUGUGUGUGGAGUCUGGAGAAUAUUGUUGCCGUAUUGCUGCUCUCUGACGUUGGGGGUUGUUUUUUAUUGCAUCGCAUAUGCACACCUCCUUUUUUAGUUUAAUGGGUUUUACAGUGGAAAACUGCAGUGCCACACAUCAUGAAGGGUUUAAAUGCAUAUAUAGCUGUCAUAUCAGAAAUAUUCAAUUAUAUUUCCCAGGUUUAGAGCAGCAUUGAAAGAAUAUCUUCUAGCUACAGUGAUAUAUUGUAAUAUGUGACUUUUCCUUCAAACUUCUCGGUGCUCCUGCUAGAUGUUAAUGUGAAGGACUUAUGUUCAACAUCUGAGGGCCAAUAAGAAUGUUUAUGGAAUUCUAAAUUGUUUAUGAUGUAAUUAUUGUCUGACUAGAAACUGAAGUAUGUGAUUCUCUCUCCUUCUGUUCUACUCGAAAUGUUUCCAACUUCCUAAUGUUUUUCAUACAAAUCUGAAUGGAGAGGAAUGGGAAGUUACAAGUAUUUAAUGCGAGCGAUUGCUGACGGCUGUAAAACUGCACUGUUAACAUGAAGUGUUUUUUCUGCACUGUCUUGUCUGGGGUGUUUUUUUCUUCUUCUUCCUUUGGCAUUUUGUGAUAAUUGAACAUGUCUUAAAAUACAUGCUUUAACUUUUUUCUGCUUUUGUCUCGACAUGCUUGCUAGUCUAAACACUGGACACAAAAAAAAAAAAAAAAAAUGUGCUAAUUGUAGGUUAUUGUUUCUGAA